GGCAUUCGCAUGAUUCAUUGAUAGGAGCUGGCUGCUGUAGAUCUCGACGCAAUGGCGAGUAGUGCUGGUGCUGUUGACGGCAUGGUGCCGAAUGCGCCGGCAGACAAGAGUGCGGCCGACGUGCUACAGAGCAUGGCGUCGUUUCUCGAUGAGCAGGGGUUCGGUGAGGCGGCCGUGGCGCUCCGAAAGAGUAAGCGAACACACUUUCAACACACAAAAGCACGCCGGAUGAGUAAACCGGCGUUAAAACCGCUCAUCAUUCAUCGGCGUCGUGUUUUGCGUAUGUGUGUGUUCAGAGCUGCACAUCACGGCUCCCUCGUCCCUCUCCGACUCCGCCCACACACUCGCCGAGCACCUCUACGCGCACACGCUGGUCUCACAGGCCACACCCACCACCGAUGCCGCAGCUGCUGCGGCCAGCAGCGGUUUGUCGGACCCCUCAUCCCUGGAGCGUGUGAUGGAGCUGGAGAGGCAGGUGCAUUGGGAGCGGCGGCAGGAGAGGGACAAAUGGAAGAAGGCCACGCAAGGGAGGGUCCACAUUCCUGUGCCAGUGCCCAUAGAUGAGCAGGGCAACCCGACACUCACAGGUCAGGGAGGGAGGGAGGGAGAGGCGCGUGGUGAAUCAAUCCGUCGUGGGCUGGUCGGUGUGUCUGUCUGUGUGUGUCAGACUGUGUCCGGUCCCGUUUGUUGGCUCGUGGUGCGCAGUUGCGUAGAAUCCCCGGCACUCUGUCGGCGUCGGUUGACUGGGGCGGCAUCCCGGGCGCACACACACUCGAGAUUGAUGGUGGGUACGGUAGAGCCACAUCAGAUCAGAUCAGAUCUAUCAGUCAGAUGAACCGUGGUUUCUUCCGGUCGUGUGUGUGGUCUUGUUGUGGUGUGAUUUGUGUGUGUGCAGAGUGCAGCAAGGUGGUGGAUGGGCUCUUGCGGCUGGUGAUGGCGCAUGCGGAUGGCUUUCAGGGCACUAAUUACCUCACCGACGAGCUGCUCUACCAGUGUGCCAACAGUGUAAGUGAGCGACAAUCAAUGACACGAACACACUGCCAUCUGCCUCUGGGUGUGGGUGUGGGUGUGGGUGUGCGUGUGGUGGUUCAGAUGACCAGGAAGCCCCCAUUUGGCCAGCUGUGGACCCACCAGCCGUCAGAAGUACCCGCACUGGUCCGUUCUUAACGCCAUUCACCCGCACCCACAGACCCACAUCAAUGGUGUGUGUUGUGUUGUGUUAUGUGAUGUGUGGCAGACGACCCCAUUCCACGAGCAGAUGCGCGAGCACAUGGCCGCCCUGCGGGUCGAGAGGCACAUGGUCGACACAUACUGGAGCAAGGCACGCACCCGCCCCCCGCCCCACCCAACACAACACACACAAGAUACUCAGCAGCACACUCGUCCGUCCGUCUGUGUGUGCUGUGUAUGGUGUGGUUGCAACCUUCACCGCUCAGUAUGACGAGAGUGACAACGAGCCCCUGACGCCUUCCACCCCGACUUCACUGGGACCAUGGGUGCGGCCGGAAAUGGUCAGUCACGCCUACACACGCGCACACACACAGACCAACUCACACCAACGUCUGGCUCCACACCUGUGGUCUGCCUGACACGCAGCCCGACGAUGAGGAUCUUGUCGCCAUGCAUGGGCCAUCGGCACACUACGACCCACUCGGUGAGUGUGUGGUCGCACUGCACUGCACAUACGUGUGGUCUGUGUGAUCUGUGUGAUGGAUGUGUGUGGCCGUGUGCUGUGGUGCAGGGUAUCCCGACGGCUGGGCACCUGACCCGAGCAACGAGUGGGAAGGAGAGGAGGUGCGCAGCAUGCACACAGCCAGCCACACAUAGAUCGUUCGUGCCGCAGAUACACACACUGUGUGUGUGGCUGUCUGUGUGUGUGAUGGCAUGGCAUGCAGGAUACUGGGUGGACGUGCCGCUACGUCGACAAGGAAACUCUGCUCGCCGAAAUCGCUGCCAAAGAAGACCACCCAUACCAAGCCGUAAAGAAGUCACACUCCCCCUCCCCCUUCCUGCCACCUUGCCAACCACACCACACACCCCUACACACCUCUCUCUCUGUUUGUGUGUCUCCAUGCCAUGCCAUCAGGAGCCCCCCCGCAUCCCGGUUAUCGACGUGCCGCCCACCAAUGCGGCUGUAGGCGACAGGUUCGUUUGCCCCCUCCUGGUGCCCAAGCAGCCGCACCGAGCGGUCAUCGACCUGGACGACGGCAGGGGGUCCGACACAGACGAGGACGAACUGCUCAGGGCUACCACAGGUGCGUUACUUAGUUACUGGGGCGAGUCAGUGGGUCACCUCAGCCAGUGACAUGUGUGUGGCUGGCUGGCUGGCUGGCAGUGUCAGGCGAUGUGACGGAGUCGGCUGAUAUGCAGCCGUCCCACGUGGCGUCGAUGACGGCCACCCAUGCGGGCGGCAUCACCGUCACGGCCGCAUCCUCCAGCUCUGGGGCGGGCAGGUCGAGAGAGGACGACCGACAGCCUGAUGCUAGUGGUAGGUACACAACACAUGGACAAGAGGGAGGGAGGAUGCAAUGCAUCUGACACGUCGAUGUACGAAUGAACGUGUGAGAUGCAGCUCGUGUUGGUCGGGUGUUUGAUGAGAUUGCGGUUGUGAGCGAAUUGCCCCACUGGGCGAGUGCGCCCGCGAAGCCCUCACAGGCCUCGUCAGAGGGGCUGCUCGAAGACGAUGACGACGAACCUCGUACGCACGCCACGCACCGACCGAUGAGAACGGAGACCACAAACAAACACACGAAUCCACCCAUCCAUGCCAUGAUGGAUGCGUGUGUGCCGGUAGCCAUAGACGACAUCCCGGACGAGACCGAGUCGGCCGAGCAGGUUGAGCAGGUGCUGCUCGACGCCACCAGCAAUGUGGCGAGCGGCCUGCGGGGCGAGGUGGGUGUUGGUGUUGGUGCUGGUGUAGCCGUAGAUGAUGGCGAGGUUGGUGGCCUUGGGCAGGAGGAGAUGGACAUGCAGGCUCGGGAGGAGAUGUACAGGAGGAUCGCGGGAGGUAGCGAGGGAGAGGAGGAGGAGGAUGGUGACAUGCCACCGUUCCCGCCAGGCGCAACUGCUGGUAAUGACGUCACAGACAUUGGCAACCGGGAUUUCCUCUCUCUCUCUCUCUCCGGUUGUGUGCCUUGUGCAGUGAUGUUGGUUGAGAAGGAGAAUCGAAAGGUCCAGUACUUCGGCCCGCCCUACCCCGACUUCAGACAGAGACAAGCGCAGAACAGAAUCGACGUGCGCACACCACAACACAACGCCACACACCGACAUCCAGACACAGACAUGCUGAGUGGGUGGAUGGAUGGAUGGGUGGAUGGAUGGGCGUGUGAAGGCCAACAAAUGGGCGUGCGCGUAUGCCGACGGCAGCAUCAAGGGCUUCAAGCAGGAGAAGGAGAGGGAGCGAGGCAAUGUGCUGGCGGCGCCCGCGUGGCAGAAGAGACCGAGAUACCCGCCAUCACUGGCACGCCCUAGCUGCCCCUACCCAAAGCUUUGUGUGCGUAUCUAUCUUGCUUGCCGUGUGUGUGUCUGGACAUUGUCUGGCAGGACCCCAUCUACCCCGAGACCGAUGACGGCAUCACGUAUGACAGCUUUCCACUGCGGUACGUAAGCAGCCAUCACCACAAUACAAAACACACAACACAGGGCCGAUCCGUCCCGUUGGUGGAUCAGCGUGGUGUUCAACCGGCACAAGACUGGCUUCGAGGACAGCAAGGACUUCCAGAUCCCUGACAACCUCGUCAUUGCCGCAAGGUUCAAGGUCUGUGAGCCGAGCCACGCACCCACACACACACCCGCAGACACAGCCGUCAGUGUGACGUGCAUGUCACGUGUGCUGUGGUUUGGCAGAUAUUCAACGAGAACGUCGGACAGGCUGCCUUCUCACACGCCAUGGGAGCCUGGGAUAUGGUCGCCAAGAGACAGGUCAGCAGGGUGGCCGCAUUUGCCACGCUACACCGACAAAACCAUAUGGAUCCCCCCCUCCCUCUCACCCUCCUCCCUCUGUGUGUGUGUAUUGUGGCUGGUUAGGUGUGUCUGAAGGUGAUCAAGCCCGACAAGGACUUCAUCGACCAGAGUUUGGACGAGAUCAAGCUGCUGCGGUACAUCAACAGCAACGGUGACGUGGACAGCAAGUGCUGCCUCAAGCUGUACGACUACUUCUACCACAAAGAACACCUCAUCAUCGUCACCGAACUGCUCAAGUCAGUCAGUCAGUGGGCAAGGCACCACACCACCUGCACACACACCACACCCCUGCGUGACGUGGUGCCUGCCGGUUUGUUGUGGCGCUGUGCUGUGUGUCCCCCCAGGUUGAAUCUGUAUGAGUUCCAGCAGCAGCACCGAGGCAAGAACUACUUCACCCUCGGACGAUGCCAAAAGGCAGGCCCGCCACGCACCCACACACACACACACAUGGAUGGAUGGAUGGACGGAUGGACGGAUGGAUGGACGCGCAGACGUGUGGAUGUGUGUGUGCGUGCAGAUAGCGCAUCAGGUGUUGACGGCUCUGAACUUUGUGCACGGGCUGCGGCUGAUCCACUCGGACCUCAAGCCAGAGAACAUUCUCUUCAAGUCAUACAGCCAUUGCCGGGUCAGCAAAAACCACACAUCAUGAUGGACACACACACACACACACACAGAGCACAUGUUUAGGCCGAGCGCAUCCGCACACCCAUGGAUGGAUGGACGUGUGCAGGUGAAGGUGAUUGACUUCGGGUCGUCAUGCUACGAAGACGACACGCUGUCGAGCUACGUGCAGUCGCGGUAGGUGGGGAGGGCGACUGCUGACUAUCAACUUACACACGUGCACACACAUACUGACUGUCGUGAAUGGGCGUGCUUGUCAGGUCGUAUCGUGCGCCUGAGGUGAUAUUGGGCUGUCCGUACGACCGCAAGGUGGACGUGUGGAGCCUCGGAUGCAUCAUAGCCGAGCUUUGGACAGGGUGCGUCGGCCAACACACACGACCUGGUUACACAGACGACACAGAACAGCUUCUUGUCUGUCUGUCUGUCUGUCUGUCUGUGUCAUGUGGUUACGUGUCAGGGAGGUGCUGUUGCGCAACGAGGGCGUGCCUUCGAUGAUGGCGCGAAUGGUGGGUCUGCUGGGGCCGAUCCCCUUCUACAUGACGGCCCGCGGCAAAAGCUCCAACUCGUACAUCACCAAGGACGGCUUCCUCUACGACGACAAGAUGAACGAAAACACAGACAAACGGUCAGCGACUGCAGGGCGGGGCGGCACACAUACACUCACUACACACCUGCCCGCCGCAUCAUGUCAUGUCAUGUGGUGUGAUGUGUGUGUGGUGUAGUAUCAAGGUGUACUUCCCGAAGCAGUCAUCGUUGCGGCACGUGUUGCGGACGAGUGACGAGCGGUUCGUCGACUUCAUCGACAAGUGCCUGCAGAUAGACCCCGUCAAACGGUGGGUGCGCUCACACACACCAAUGGCUGUCCGCUGUCGUACACGUGUUUGUGUGUGCCGCCUCCCCCCUCCCCCCUCCCCCCUCGGCUGCUCCGCUGCCGCUGCUGCUGCCGCUGUGCUGUCGAUGUCAGUAUGACGACCGGUGAGGCGUUGAGCCACCCCUGGAUCACCGAGGCCACCUAUACCGACGGCCUCAAACGUGACUGACCGACAGAGACAUAGAUGAGGAGCCUGACGGAGCGAAAAUGGCGCUGUAGCUUAGGGGUGGGUUAGUGGGUUGUCGCGCGACUGCCUUGUUUAGUUGGUGGUGUCAGUCAUGGUGAUGCCAGACACGCAGGCAGACCCUUGCAGACGCGCUGUUGUUGAUAGCUAUGAGUGCAUUGGACCAAUGGCAUUGAUC